AUGGAUCUCAGCGUGCCAUCAGGCUACGAGUCAUACUCCAACCGUCUUGAUCCUCAUGAUGAAGUCGAAGAGGAAAAGGCACCAAGACAUGUUUCUGACGAGCAGGCUCUUCUGAAGCAAUGUCGUGCACCGCCCAAGUCUGCUGGGAGUUUGGAUACUGUCCGACUUUCUCUGCGUGUUCUUAUUCUUCUUGUCAAUUUGAGCAUUCUUAGUUUGUUGGCCCAUGCGGUCAAUGUGUGGAAGACUACGCAUAACUCUGUGGAUCGAGAUGAGAAUGGUUGGAUGAGGACGAGAUGGGCUACCAUUGAUAUGCUGUCUACGUGGCUUAUGCUAGCUAUGGGUGCGUUUGCAUCUUUUGUUCAGGUGUUGGCUCUUGCUACUCGUCUCAGCUUUUUCCGGUCAAUGCGCGAUGGAGCCAUGCACACUGUUGCAGUCUUGGUCAGCUCUGGUAUCAAUAUUGCUGGAUGGAUCGCCGUGACUAUCUACUUCAUCGUCGACAAGGAGGUUCUCCGCAACAAUCACUGGGAUCUCUGGUCCUGGACCUGUCAGAACAAUUCACGACAGAGUUACAUUCCCUGGGCGGGCUUAUGCACAGAAUUGACAUACACCUUUGCUGCAGGACUUGGUGUGAUGGUGCUGGAAAGUGUUUGCUUGGCUGCAUUUGUUAUUUCGCUGCGUGGUAUGAAUAUUCUUGGGAAGUACAACAGGGCUAGCUCUGCGUAA